AGUCAGAGAGAGAGAGAGGAAAAAACAUUUGAAAAGAGAUGCCACAGAGGGACAUCUCUUUCACGUAGUGAAACCACCCUCAAGCCCAAACUUUUCAGACAUCAAAAGGUGAGAAGAAGAAUAAAUGCUCAGAGUUCAGGAAUAGCGGCACUUUAAUGCAGUGACCAGUGUGCAGCUACCAAUAAAAACCAAAGCAGCACAGGACGGCUCUACUUUCCUACAUUCUGCACUGCAGUGACAAUUGACCUUCUAUUCAGAAGCAAGACUUGACUACUUCAAAUUAAGGGCAUUUGUCACUGGAUCUAUAUCCAGAUUUUGCUCCUGCAACUCUGCACCUAUAGCUGAUACACACCUCAUUUGCCUUACAACAUGGCUGGCGGCAGGAAUUACUUCUGGAUUAUGUGUUCAUCCACCAAAUCUGUUUUAUUGGCCUUUUUCUUGCUUUUCUUGGGACCUUUCUGUGCACAAAGUAACCCUAUCGGCUCUCCGGAGAGGCUACGGAUCGCUCCAGGGUUGGAUGACGGACAUGGAGGGGUUCUAGAUCCUUCACUCCUGGAGCAGGACAGUGAGGUGGACAUGCAGAGCUUGCUAGAAACCCUGAAGGGACAGUUUCUACGUACAUUCAACCUGACACGUCCCGGCCCCCCUGUGCAGCCAGGGGCCCCUCGUGUAGAGCCCCCUGAGUACAUGCUGGAGCUCUACAACCGCUUUGCCAAUGACCGAACAGCUAUGCCUUCUGCAAACAUAGUACGCAGCUUUAAAAAUGAAGACUCCUCCCCUAGCAGCAUGGGACCUGGUGGAGUGAGACUACACCCACUUCUCUUCAACGUGUCAAUCCCACACCAUGAGAGAGUCACCACAGCUGAGCUCCGACUGUAUACUCUGGUCCAGACUGACCGCAACAAAUACGCUGGUGUUGACAGAAAAGUGACCAUAUAUGAGGUCAAACAGCUUGAAACCAACAGCAGUCAGCAAAUAAAAGGUGACAAUAUUGAAGGAAAUCAAACCAGGCAAGAGGGAGAAACAGAACUAGUGGAGUUGGCGUCACGGCAGGUUUACGGUACAGAUAACGGUUGGGAAUCCUUUGACAUGACCGCUGCAGUGCACCUUUGGCGGAAAUCAGACUAUGGCACCACCCACAGGCUCGAGGUUCACAUAGCCAGUUUGAACUCUCAGAGUGUGGUGGCAUCUGAAGGUGGGGAUGAAGGCAAUGCCAUAGGAGGGGACAUGGACAUUGACACAAGCCCUGAUGACAAACACAAACCCUUAAUGAUUGUGUUCUCUGAUGACCAGAGCGGAGACCACCGUGGAGACAAACGAGAGCUGAAUGAGCUGAUCCGGCAUGAGACCAAUGGGCCAGGCGUUCAAGACAACUUUGAGCUGGAGUUGACCGGCCUUUGGGAUGACCUGGGAAUUAUGGGACAAAAAGAUGGGAAUGAGGAAGAGGAGCAGAGCGAGGAAGCUCUCCUACAGAUGCGCUCCAACCUCAUCUAUGACACAGCAUCUAGAAUUCGACGCAAUGCCAAAGGCAACCAGUGUAAAAAGAGCUCCCUCUACGUGGACUUCAAAGACAUUGGCUGGGACAGCUGGAUCCUGGCGCCCACCGGUUAUGAAGCCUUCGAGUGCACAGGUGUAUGCACGUACCCUUUGACCAAACAUGUGACACCUACAAAACAUGCCAUCGUACAAACAUUGGUCAGUCUGAAAAGUCCACAAAAAGUGUCCAGGGCUUGUUGUGUACCCACUGAACUAGAUCCCAUCUCCUUACUCUACCUAGAUGAUGCAGGUGUGGUGACAUAUCAGUAUAAAUUUGAAGGUAUGGUGGUAGCAAAGUGUGGAUGCAGAUAGUAUUUAAUGGACAUGGGGAAGUGGGGUGAAGCUGGGCCAAAAGCUUAGAGAUUGGACUGAAAGGAGACUAAAAGACAUUCACUGUCUAUGGCCUAAUACCAAGUUUCUUCCAAAUGGCAGUGGACGAGCUCUUACGCCCAACCUUAACAGCGUUAGCAGGAGUCAUGAUAUCAGUUGUGGAAUCAGCCAGAUCUGGAGCCAUGUGACGAGGGGCCACAAUGUAAGACUUAGUGGGAACGGUGACCAUUUCAUCCCCACUGAAUAAGGAUUGGGUGGAACAUAAGACAAUAAUUGAACCACUAACACGCCUCAAGAUCAGCCGGGAUAAAUGAGCUGUUCUUAUCAGUAAAGACUGAAGUUUAAGUCAGAGAUUAUAUCAACUCCAAAUCAUUACAUACUUGGCCAUAUUGUUUGCGUCAGCAGAGUCCUCGCUAAGUGGGUGUUUCGUAGAGAUGGCAGUGAACUCAAGCACCACAGGGUCAGUCCGGUGACCCUACCAGAGACAAGAAGCCUGUGAAAUGGUCUGUUUCCAGUUUCCACAAAGCUCAGUAUCGUAUCUGUCACGACAACGCCAAGUCAAUACACAGUUUCCUGCCUAACAGAAUGCAUUUGAUAUGAACUGUCCAAGUUAAAGUGAAAUUGUUAUCAGAAGAGUCUCGUAGAUGAGGGAAGGGGUAAAACAGACCAGAACGGACCAGUCUGGACUUCCGAAAGUGUCUGAGAACAACUCCUAAUCUGGAUAUUCACAGUUAGCGGUAUUGCAAAAGGACAAUGGCUCUCAUUCACUAAGCGUGCGUACACACAAAUUGUGCGAAAUAUGCAUGUUUUCACAAACAAAUCAUAAUUUACCAUUAACUUUUGUACUAAAAUAAAUUUUACAUUUACGAUUGUAUUUCAUCAUAUACAGUGAAAGAGUAAGAAAAGGUGCAUUAUAGCUCAAGCUUCAAGGUUUCUCCAUAGAAAAGUGCAUAUGAACAGCUGGCUAAUGAGAGGUCUGUAAUCUAUGUCUGUAAAAGGUGUUUAUUUUGUUUGAAUUGAUUUCAAGGAUGUCAGACUUGGCAUCGCUCAUCUUAUGUUUGCUGCUGAGAGUGACAAAGGCUUUAAAGAAAGGGUUGUGCCCUUAUAUGGAGAUGGUUUGGGCGUGUUUUAUGCUGUAGCUCAUUUAAUUCAAGUUUUUUUGUAUAGCGCUUUUUACAAUACAUUUUACAGAAAAUCUGUGUUUUUCAUGUUACAAUUUUUGAAAUUAUGAUUUUAUCAGUCAGAGAUGAGUGUGUCAAAGUAAUGUGCAUUUGAGUACUUCAAUAUUAUUAACAUUAGAACAGGCUUAAGAACAAAUGUGGUGAAUUAGGCUGAAUUUUUUUUUGUGAGAAAUUCUCCUGUGCAUAUAAAUACGAAAUAAUCCAUGCAGUUAUUAGUGAAUGAGACCCAUUAUUUCAGUGCUAAAAUUAAGCAAUAAACAGACGAUUGUAAAAGAGAGACAUCAAAAAAGGACAGUAUGACCUUUUAAAAUAUCUCAAACCAUCUAGAAUUCCUUGGGCCACUUAAUUCUGACUUUUUCCUUUCUUCAGUAACAUUUUUCUGCUGAAAUCUUGUCUUCAUUUGACCAUGGAAUUAACUCACAAAUCAGCAUGUCACUGCUGAGAUAUGAGAAUAGGACGGUUGACAAAGGAUGCACAGGUUGUACAGCUUGGUCCAUCCGCUUUGUUCCAUAAACGACAGACGGCAUCAUCACCUCCUCCUGCUCCCCAUGCCGUGUAAGCUGUGCUCCCACCCAUAAACAUGGACGUGAUGAGAAGGUGUCAGGACUGAAAAACGUGUGUGAGGACCAAAGACAAUUCCAAGCUGAACGGAUGGUGGGAGACAGAUGUUCCUAGGAACGAGAGGACAGUUGGCAGUUUUUAUAUCACUUCAUCAGUUUUUAUAUAACUUUUUGACCCCAAUCUACCAUAAAGCGAAGACACAUCAUUUACUCCCCAUCACUCUCCUUCUCUAGUCUUCUGUCAUCCUUCUCCUCCUUUUGGACCCUUAUCACCGUUAGGACUGGAGGAUGAAUGGAAACUGUCUCGCAAGGUCGUGCCACCCACAGAUAUCCUUCACAAGACUUUUCAGUCUGAUAAUAUUGGCCAGGAUUAUUCCCAUGCCUGACGCAUACUUUGCAUUUUUGACUUUAUAUUAUUAACUUCAUGUUGUUGAAAUACAAGUUGUGUUCUGCUGCUUUGAUUUAUUAUAAAGCUUAUUUAUUGAUUAAUUUAUUUGUUUUAUUAUUAUUUUGGUGACUUUGUAUAGCAAUACUGUACAUGACUGCAUACACUAUACAGAGUACAUGAUAUGAUGUUGUGCAAAGAAUAUGGGUCAAGCAUAUAAAUUAAUUUAAAAUCAAAUUAUUAAUUGCAAUAAUUUAUCCUUUUCUCCUCUAGUAUGUGUUAAAAUACUCAACGAUGUUGUACAUGCUUUAAUCAAUCACUUUUCAAGCACUGACGUCUUGUUAGGAUUUGUAUAUAUCUUUAAAUAGUUUGUUGAUCCUCUUGUCCCUUGCACCCAGACACUCCAUAACUUCUUAACAAGAUAUAUUUAGCCACAAUCAGUCCAGAGCUCGCUGUUUAGACAUUGGGUGUGGGAGCGAUUCAUAAAUUUAACUUCCCAUUGAAGACCAGCAGCUCAAAGGCCCAUAGUUUACAUGUGUCAAACAAAUGCACAUCCAUGGGAAGCUGACUGGAAACCAAUGACCACACAGGCUCAUCUGCUCUGCGGCUUGAGACUGUGCAGAUAUGUUUGUUUCUUUUUUGGGUGGUUAGGGGUAGGGGGCUUAUGAAGUCUUUAAGAUGUAAAAUUGGUAAUUGCCAGUUGCCUUUGUAAAACAAUGUAUUUUGCCAUGUACAAACGCACAGAAUGUGUAAAUAAAAUGAUAUUUUGAAGAAA